GCCGCCAGUGCACUUUCUCGUCCAGAGUCAACCGCCAGCCCAGUCGACCCGCUAUGGAAUCCCUCCGCCAGGCAUUCGAGACCUUCAUGGAGGCCAACGAUGCCCAGGAUACUCUGGAGGCCUUCGCCGCGCUCCAGUCGAUCGUCAAGGAGCUCGCCGGCAAGGACGAAUGCGAGCUGCAGUUCGCUGACUACCAGAGCAUAGUUGCGCCUGCUUUGAACUUUCGACGCAAGUCGCUCUUCACUCUCCUGGAGGCCAAGAUCCGAAGCAGCCGAUCCAUCUUUGUUGGGCGAGGCCAGAAGUUUGAGUUUCUCGACAGUCUCGAGGAGUCGGGCGCCAGCGUCAAAGUGCCCCAUUCCCACGCCAAAACGGUUCGGAUCUUGGUGAGCGGUGCAGGUCCGUGCGGCCUCCGAGCCGCCAUCGAGGCCAAACUCCUGGGCUACGACGUCACCGUCAUCGAGCUGCGGUCCGAGUUCAGCCGCCACAACAUUGUCAAGUCAUGGACCUCGACCAUCCAGGACCUUGUGACCCUCGGCCUGAACCACUUCUAUCCCAAGUUCCAGACUCGCGGCGAGGCUCGCAUCGAGAUCCGCAUGAUCCAGCUCGUCCUGCUCAAGGCCAGUUUGCUCUACGGCGUCCGAGUCAACUACAACGAGGGCGUAUGCGGGCUGGUCGAUCCAGCCCUGUACCAGAGCGGCGGUCCAGUCCAGGAUCCAGCCCACCCACUUGCCCUCGGCUCAGACCCGCCCGCCGACACCAGCGAUGUGCCGUUCUAUGCAUGGUCGCUCCCAGCCGCCGAAGCUCGAGUAUUCCUCAAGCUCCAGAGGAGCCACUCGACCCCGAUCACCGAGGGAGAUGUCUCUGCCGAUGAUGUCCCGGCCGAGCUCCAGCUUAGGCCGACAACUGCCAUGACCGGAGACCGCAGCGCCAUCCAGAAGGUCAACAAGGUCGAUUACUUUGAAACAGCACUUUCGCAGGACGGGGCCGUCAUCCGCUCGGAGCAGCACCCCGACCUCGAUUACCUUCGAUCCAGGGGCCCCCGUGCCAGGCUCUAUCCGUUCGACUGCCUCCUCGUUGCCGAGGGCGAGUCCUCACGGCUCAUCCGCCACCUCGGCUUUGACCGCCGCAUCGCAAAGUUUGGCGAGGCCAUCGGCCUGGUCGUCAACCUCAACUUUACCGAAAAGGGUCUGGCCUCCUCCCAGGCACCCGAGCGGCAGAUUGCCGAGUUUGUCUUUGGCCGCUACAUGGCCAAAUGGAGAUCCACGAUCUUGGGCAAGCUUGCCGAGUCUGGCAUCGACGUCGAGAACAUGGAGUACAUGCGCGGCACCCGGACCCACUUCAUGGUGACGACUGUCAAGAAGGCCUCGUUGCACUCGGCGGGAGUGCUCAAGGACAUCAAGCCGACCAUCACCGAGUGUCUGGACCCGUCCAACGUCGACCUCGACAGGCUCUAUGGCUUUGGCCGUGCUCUCGCCUCGGCCGUCGGUGUGCCCGCCGAGUGCACCUUCGCCUCCAAGAACGGCGUGCAGAUCUUUGACUUUUCAUGCAAGGGCCGGUGUGUUGAAACAGUUCGUCCGAUCGACUCGGCGCUCGCCACGAUCAGCGUCGCCGACAGCAGCAACGGCGCGGCGUCGUCUCAACCGUCCCGUCGCUGCAUCGUCCUGCCCAUCGGCGACGCCGUGCAGAAUCCCUUUUGGCCUCAGGGCCUGGGAAUCAAUCGCGGCUUCCACACCUCGCUCGAUGCCGUCUACGCCUGCUUCCACUGGAGCUACCACCACGACUUUGAGCGAGUUCGUCGUGAGCGCGAGCUGUGCUGGAGGGUCAUGGAGUGGCUAACCUUUGCCGAGUACACGGUGCAGACACCGACCAACUUGACAGCGACUGUUGUGUGGUCGCCCGACCCGCUGACUCGAUACAAUCCCGAGAUCUUCAAGAGCAUCCACAAGGAGCAUCCGCUUUACUUGACCGAGACCAUCCGCCAGGCCCUCUCGCUCAACUAGAGAUACUGGCAGGCCGUGUCGACUGCAAAAAACGGCAGCCGAAGCAAUGGAUACGAUUGUUCGCACUGUUGUAGUUGGAGUGGCGAUGCGACUGCUGUGAUCGUUGCAGUCGCUGCGAUUUCCGACCACAGAUACG